AUGAACCUCACACGCCCCCUAAUCCGCAAAACCAUCCUCCGACCCAUCCUCCACCGCACCCUAAUAGCCGCCCCAGGCCCGAACACCGGUCCCCUCCUAACCCGCCGCGCCGACCGCGAACUACCCAACCCCAACCCAGGCCGAAAAUGGCUCUACACAUUCCCGAUCUUCGUCGUCGCCGUCGGAGCAGGCAUGCUGGGCAUCUUCAACUACCAGAAAUCGUCCAGUAGCGUUGUGCACAGCACGCUGUAUGCGCUGCGGACGUCGCCGCGGGCACGGGAGAUCCUCGGUGAUGAGAUUUAUUUUGCGCAGCAGAUUCCGUGGAUUAGCGGGGAGAUGAAUCAGUUGCAUGGAAGGAUUGAUAUUUCUUUUUGGGUUAAGGGGAAUAAGCAGCAGGCGAAGAUGAGGUUUAGGAGUAUUAGGCCUGAUCGGAUGAGUUAUUUCCGGACUGAAGAGUGGAGUUUGGAGAAGGAGGAUGGGACGGUUGUGCAAUUGCUUGAGAGUGAUAGUGAUCCGUUCCGGAAGGAUUGA